UUGUGAUUUAAAAGCUAACUUUGCGCUUUAUUUUAAUCAGUCACUGAUUUCUCCGCUUCGGACAGCUCGUUAAUACGACUGUCAUCAGAAUUAGAGAAAUUAACAGCCAGGUGGUUUUCGUAGAGCCGAAUCUCGUUUCAAUGAACACAUCACUUUUUUUCAAGAUCUUGUUGAGCCAGACCGAACCAAGUGCAUUUUAUUUCCAUUUGAUAUUUUUCAAAUAAUAUUAAUUUUUUCUUGUAACAAACGUCAGGAUUGGGUCAAUAUACGUUAAAUCAAUAAAAUUAAACAAUACCUGCUUCAAAAUACCAGAGCAUUUCAUAUUGAUACUAUCUUAACACUUAGCACUUGGUGCGCUUUGACACCAGGAAAUAGAGCAACAGAAAUAAAGUUUUGCUUGUCUAUCAGCUGUAUAAUUUCUGAUACAGAUUGGCCUGAGAGAUAAAGCAGUGUUGAUAUCUAUGUAUUACGUUUGACUAGUGAGAAAAAUUAGCUUGUUUAAUAGACAAGUUGAUAUGUAAAUACGUUUGACCAGACCCAACUGAAGACCAACUUUUAAAAUUUUUAUUCGACCAAAGUGAAUAGGUGUCAAAAAUAAAAACCAAAUAUUUUAUCAAUUAUUGAUAUUUUUCGUGUAUUUAUGAUAAAAGGACAUUCAUUAAACCCUGUUCAUUACAUGUUUGCAUAACAAUAAGUUCAAACACGAUUAAUUUAUGGGUGGUCAAACUUCAACUGCUAAUUACUCAAAACAAUGUGUUUGGCGCUUGGCUCGGUCUGGUCGCACGCCGACCAAAUACACGAUAGAUAGACAAGCAAAGCUUCAUUUCUGUUGCUCUAUUUGCUGGUGCCAAAGCGCACCAAGUGCUAAGUGUUAAGAUAGUAUCAAUAUGAAAAGCUCUGAUAUUUUGAAGCGGCGUACCAAGAAAACGCAAUCAAACUAGAUUCCGAUAUCAUCUAUUAUAAGAUGCUCGAAAGCUUGCAUUCAGUUCAGUUAGUUUCCAACCGCCCAAGCUUGAACAUGAUGGUUCCGAAAGCUAAGACUGUGAUAGUUUCGUGUUUGUUUCUUGCAAUUUGCCACAAUGUUCAAGGCAUCAAAUAUCUGAGUGACUUGAUAGCAAACCUCAACAAGACAUGCAACUCCCUAGAGAAUUGGCAAAGCUGGAUGAAUCCAGCUAAAGGAAGUCUUCCCCCAAUCGGAUCCAGCCUCUCGCAUCACUCAAACCUAAUAAGUUCGUGCAAAAAGGUGCCAAUUGAUGCGAGCGGCGUGUAUCUGUUGCAGCCACAAUCCGACUCGGUUCCAUACCCAUAUCCGGUCUACUGCGACCAUGAGAGUUUCAUCGGUAGUCACGGUUGGAUCGUCAUUCAGAACCGACAAGAAAACGGAAGAUUAAAUUUCGAUCGCAACUGGGCGGAAUACAAAGAAGGAUUCGGAGAUCCGAAUGGCGAAUUUUGGUUAGGUUUAGAAAAACUUCACCAGCUACUCAAACAUGAUCGGUACGAGCUGCUGAUCGUGAUGAAGGCCAAAGAUGGGAAAAUGGAAGGAGCGCGCUAUGGAUGGGUGACGAUUGCGGGUGAAAAUGACGGAUACAGGUUGGAUCUGGGAACUUACGCAUAUGGAAGUGCUGGACCAACGAUGGAGUACAGUCGAGGAGCGAAAUUCUCCACUCCAGAUCGGAACAACGAUGGAACGGGCAGAGAAUGUGCUGAUCAACUGCGGAGCGGCUGGUGGUUCCGUGACUGUCGCGAUUUGCCGGAUGAUCGCCGAGUGAAAAACAGUAAAAAUCUUUCGCUGUGCGAUAAGCAACAUCACCCUUAUGACGGGAAUUUUUUCAUGGGCGACAAUUGUCUGGCAGAAACCCGAAUGUUGAUACGUGAACUGUAACUAAACACUUAACUUCUAAAAAAUAAAUAG